AGUGUGGCCAACAUUGGAAUAAAAAUAUGAAAUUUAUUAUUGUCGUGUCUGUUGUCAGGUUGUAUUUUUGUUGACGGUGGAAAAUUGAAUAUUUCACUAUUAAAGAUCUGAUAUGUCUAAUUAAGCUGUAGAAAUGGAAAGAAGAGUUAAACUGAAGUCUAUAAACCCCCAUAUCACCUGCAAAAUAUGUGGUGGUUACUUUAUCGACGCCACUACUGUCACCGAAUGUUUACAUACCUUCUGCAAAAGUUGUUUGGUCAAACAUUUAGAAGAAAAGAAGACAUGUCCCACGUGCGAAAAUGUUAUCCAUCAGUCUCACCCGCUGCAGUAUAUAAGUUUCGAUCGCACAAUGCAGGAUAUUGUUUACAAACUCGUGCCAAACCUUCAGGAAGAUGAAAUGCGCAGAGAACGUGACUUUUACAAGAGUCGAAACAUGGCUUGUCCCAAAGAUUUGCCUCAAAAUCACGAAGACGAUAACGAAAAAGUUAUGGAGGCUCAUGCGGAAUCUGAUUUCCACCGAUUGGAUGAACAAGUUAAUGUUUGCCUGGAAUGCAUGAGCAACAAUUUUAAGAAUCUACAAAGACGUUUUAUUCGCUGCAGUUCGCAAGCUACUAUCACGCAUCUUAAAAAGCUGGUAGCAAAGAAGAUAUUGAAUGGUAUUGAUAAAUAUAGAGAGAUCGAUAUUUUGUGCAACGAGGAAUUGUUGGGAAAGGACCACACACUUAAAUUCGUUUAUGUAACACGUUGGCGUUUUCGAGAUCCACCUUUGCGAUUGCAAUUUCGACCUAGAGUUGAACUGUAAAAUAUUAAAUUGUGGUUUUCCAUGAAUGUUCAAUUCUGUUUCUAGUAGUAGGCUUCCCAGGAAAUAAUGCGAUCAAUAUUAUUUGAUAUUUUUCUACUAAAAACUGUGACUCAGUUGGCCUCCUCAUCCGUAUUAGAGUGAUUGUAAUUAUUUUAAUAAUUUUAACUUAUUUUCUAGAAAUAAUAGAUUUUAAGUCUGAACAGCUGCUAUAACUUUUGUACGGCAUCUUUUACUUAUCGGACAAUUUUUCGGUCAAGUUCUUGUGUAUCUCAAUUGGAAUUAUGUUGAAACGAGUUUUAUAGUUUUUAUUGCAUGUCAGCAUUUAACACAAUUUUCUAGUAAGUAAAUGUGUCUGCAUAUGUUUUUGUAAAUAAACUUGCAAAAUAGUAUGUAUGGAUCAAUAGAUAAAAUAGUAAAUAUGUACAAAUACAAAGAACAAUUUUUAACAAAAAACAA